UACUUAUUACUGUUCCAAAGGGAAAGAGGUCUGGCGCUCGACACAUGCGUGUAAUCUCCGUUUAUAUUUAAAACUUUAGUUUGCAUUUGCUGACGACAAAUUGGAUGUACUACAGCGUUUUGAUACAACUUGGUCGGAUUCAUUGUUUUUGAAAAGGAAUUAGGAUUUGUUUUUCACAUGAAAGUGUGUGGCCCCGCACUGUGUUCUGGUGCCUCCCAUGUCCUGGCCUGCUAAGCCUCGCGUCUCCUCACUGGGCCUGGGCAAUAGCUGAACCAGGGCUGCUGCUGGUACUACUGCUGCUGGUACUGGUACCGGUGGUGGUGGGUGUCCCAACCCGGGGGCCUGGAGGAGCCCUGUCGACCUCCCAGCCACACGAAGAUGAACAAGCUGACCGGCUUCCACAAUAACAAAGCUAUGCAGGACCGCCGCUGUGUCUGUGUCUUUCUUCCCAGCGACGACACGCUUAACGUCAUCGUCAAUGUGAAGACUUUGUGCCAGGAGCUGCUCAUCCAGGUGUGUGACCUUCUCCGACUGAAGGACUGUCACCUGUUUGGACUCAGUGUCAUUCAGAACAAUGAGCAUAUCUACAUGGAGCUGGGCCAGAAGCUGUCCAAGUACUGUCCCAAGGAGUGGAAGAGAGAGGCCAGCAAGGGCAUCGACCAGUUUGGGCCUCCCAUGAUUAUCCACUUCAGGGCUCAGUAUUACGUUGAGAAUGGGAGAUUAAUAAGUGACCGCUCGGCCAGGUACUACUACUACUGGCACCUGAGGAAACAGGUGUUGCUGUCUCAGUGUAUCCAGAGAGAGGAGGCUUACUUUCUGCUGGCAGCCUUCGCCCUCCAAGCCGAUAUGGGCAACUUCAAACGCAACAAGCACUUUGGGAAGUACUUUGAACCUGAGGCCUACUUCCCCCCAUGGGUGAUAGCCAAGCGAGGCCGGGACUACAUCCUGAGACACAUCCCCAACAUGCACAAAGACCAGUUUGCCCUCACCGCCUCCGAGGCUUAUCUCAAAUAUAUCAAAGAGUGUUCCCUUCUGGAUGAUGUCACAGUCCACUACUACAGACUCUAUAAGGACAAAAAGGAAGUGGAGGCUUCUCUUACCUUAGGACUGACUCUGCGUGGAAUCCAAAUAUUCCAGAACACGGGGACAGCGAGACAGCUCCUGUAUGAUUUUCCCUGGAGCAACGUGGGCAAACUGGUAUUUGUGGGGAAGAAGUUUGAGAUCCUGCCUGAUGGUCUUCCGUCGGCCCGUAAGCUGAUCUACUACACCGGUUGUCCCCUGCGUUCCCGCCACCUCCUGCAGCUGCUCAGUAACAGCCAUCGCCUCUACAUGAACCUGCAGCCUGUCCUCAAACAGGUCCGCAGGCUGGAGGAAAACGAAGAGAAGAAGCAGUACCGUGAGUCGUACAUCAGCGAUGCGUUGGAGCUGGAUAUGGACGGGCUGGACAAGCGUUCCCGGGCCAGCGGUAGCAGUGCCGGCAGCACUGUGUCUCACCUCAAACACCUGUCUCGCCACUCUACCGCCAGCCACGGUAGCUCACACACCUCGGGCAUCGAGACAGACAGUUUCCGGGCCCCCGGAGGGGCCCCACACCGAGCCCUGAGGACUUGCAGCUCCUCAACGACUAGCCAUGGGAGCUCACACACCUCGGGGGUGGAGAGUGGGGGCAAGGAGCGCAUGUUGGACGAUGAUGAGAUUGAGAUGUUAGUGGACGACCCUAAAGACUAUGAGGAGCUCCAUGAGCUGGCCCUAGAGUUGAACCAGGACCUGUGCAUCCACAUCACUGAGGACAUGCUGACCAUGACCCCUGACCAGACAAAUGGAUAUUCAGGGCUCAUAGUGAGGACGUCAGCUCAUCCACCUCCAGUUCCUCUGAGACCGUGGUCAGAUGAGAGGCCAGAGCAUUGUGUCUCUCCUCAGGUCAGUGACAGUAAUGGCAUCUCCUGUUUGACCUCCGUGUGCAGGAAGCCUCAGACGUCAACUGACCGCCACAGCCAAUCCCUAGAUGACGUGCGUCUCUACCAGAAGGGAUGUCUCCAUUGGGCCGAGCUAUGCCAGGACACCGCCCACAGUUACACCUUCGGCUGCGCCCAGGAGCUGAGCGACAGCAGUGGUUACCAGGGCAACCUGGCCGAGCAGUGUGCUGGUAUUCGCGGUGACCAGCUUGACUGCUUCCCCAUCAAGAGGACCAGCAAGUACUUUUCCCUGGACCUGACCAGCGAAGAGGUCCCAGAGUUUGUGGUGUGA